AUGACUGCGUCUACUGAUGGCAACGGUGGUGCAGCUAUGCCGGAAAUUCCAGCAAAGCAGAAGGCUACCAUCUAUGACCAGCCCGGCACUGUGUCUACGAAAGUCGUCGAGUUAGAUGUGCCCGAGCCUGGGGUGGGUGAAGUCUUGAUCAAUCUCACCCAUUCAGGCGUCUGCCACUCUGACUAUGGAGUAAUGACCAACACUUGGAGCAGCCUCCCCGACCCCACACCGGCAGGCCAGGUUGGCGGCCAUGAAGGAGUCGGUAAGAUCGUGACGCUGGGUCCUGGAACCGAGAAUUCCGGCCUGAAGAUCGGCGACAGAGUAGGAAUCAAAUGGGUUUCCGGUAUAUGCGGAAAUUGCGAACCAUGUCACGCGGGCGCGGACGGGAUCUGCUUCAACCGUAAGGUCUCCGGAUACUACACCCCCGGCACAUUCCAACAGUACACCCUCGGCCCAGCCAACUAUGUGACCCCGAUCCCGGACGGCCUCGCAUCGGACGAAGCAGCCCCGAUGCUCUGCGCCGGGGUGACCGUCUACUCUGCUCUCAAGCGCAGCAACGCCCGACCGGGCCAAUGGGUCGUAAUCUCCGGCGCCGGAGGUGGCCUCGGCCAUCUCGCCGUGCAACUCGCAAGCAAGGGCAUGGGAUUCCGGGUGAUCGGGAUUGACCACGGCUGCAAAGAAGAGCUCGUCAAGGCUUCGGGCGCCGAGCACUUCGUCGACAUCACCCAGUUCCCUCGUGAUGACAAGGGCGCAGCUAUCGCCGCUCACAUCAAAUCCCUAGCCGACGGCCUGGGCGCACACGCCGUACUGGUAUGCACUGCAUCCAACAUCGCCUACGCCCAAGCCCCGCUGUUCCUGCGCUUCAACGGCACGCUCGUCUGCGUAGGCAUUCCCGAGAACGCACCCCAGGCCAUUGCGACCGCAUUCCCUGGACGUAUGAUUUCUCAACAACUCACCAUCACCGGGUCAGCGGUGGGCACGCGCAAAGAAGCGAUCGAGACAUUGAAUUUCGCCGCGCGAGGCAUUAUCAAGGCUCACUUCCGGACGGAGAAGAUGGAAGCAUUGACGGGUGUUUUUGAGGAGAUCGGUCAGGGCAAGUUGCAGGGACGAGUAGUCCUUGAUUUGUCGUAG